AUGUCAGUCAAAUUUGAAGAGUUGAUUACCUCAUUGAUCCAAAGUGCACCAUCAGCCGAAUUACCUGAAGUCAUCAAUUCAUUAAAGGCUAUAUCGGCAGCAUCCCAAUCAACCAUUGAUGAUGCAUUAACUGAAUAUAUAAAACAACAACCGAUAGUCAUAUCAGAUUACAUUAUCAGUUCAUUAAACAAAGACCCUCAUUCAUCCAAGUACAUUGAUUAUGUCAAGCAAGAGAAAUUUGCAUUUGAUAUAACUAGGCAAGAUAUUAUUGAUGUUGAACCAUAUACACCGGAGGCGCCUGUUGAUUCCAACUUGGUUAAGAAGUUACAACAAUAUAGUGAUGAUUAUUUCCAAGAUUAUACAUUCACAAUCAUCCCUGAAUCGAAAGACAACUAUGCAAUAAUCAUAAUUGGUGAGAAAUUAAAUAAAGAGAAUUUCUACACGGGGAAAUGGCAUAGUCAAUACCAAGUUUCCAAUGGAUCAAUUACUGGCUCGAUUAAUUUAGAUAUUCAUUAUUUUGAAGAUGGAAAUGUUCGGUUAAAAUAUAAUGAAUCAAAUAUAUCUAGUGAAGCUUCCGUUUCAAAUGCAAGUGAUGUGGUUAAUUUUAUAAACCAAACUGAUAAUUCAAUUGAAUUGAAAUUAAUUGAUCAAUUUCAACAUUUGAAUCAACAGUCAUUCAAGAAUUUAAGAAGAUUGUUGCCUGUGACUAGAUCCAAGAUUAAUUGGGGUAGUGCUAUUGGAAAUUAUAGAUUAGGAUCCGAUGUAGUUCAUAAAAACUAA